AUGACGCUUGAAGAUUUCUUUACCCUAACUGAGAUGAAAGAUGGGCUGACAGUCCCUUCUCGAGUACGUGAGCUGAUUGCUGUAAUGCAGAAGGAGAAAGAUUUUGUCAUUAAGAACAUUGGUGAUGCAACUAGGCAGUGGACGGCAGUUGGCAGCACAAUUGCUGCUACAGAGAAUAGGGAUUGUCUUGAUCUUUUUAUUCAACUAGAUGGACUCAGGUUUGUUGAUAGAUGGUUAAAGGAGGCCCAGAAUCAAAAUCGCAGUACAAGUGUUGGGUUUAUAGUAGAAUCAAUAACUGCACUGCUAAGGGCAAUAGAGAAGCUGCAAAUAGACAAAGCCCAGUCUCUUUCUUCAGGGGUCUGGGCGACUAUCAAUAGUCUUCUUGACCACCCUAGCUCAUGCGUUCAAGAUAGAGCAAGAGCACUUUUUGAUUCUUGGAAGCAGGAUAAGGAUAGUCGUGAAACUAAGCAUGAUAGCCAGAAUUCUUGGGGAUUAGAUGCAGCCAUUGUUAUUCAUACUGAUGGCAACGUCACUAAGAAAGAUAUUCCUGUUGAAGGAAGUGAUGAUACCAAAAGAUGUGCAGCAGAGCCUUCCAGUGAUGAAGCUACACAAUCAAGAAGUUUGAAGUACUCUGAAGUUGAUAGGGAUCAUCAAAAUCAGGGAAUGGCUUGUAGCAAGCCUGUAGUAACAGAUGCAGCAGUUUCAGAUCAUGGAAACCAGGGUGACAUAUCCGUGACUGAUUCUUUUAUAUCAAAUUGCAAUCAAGAUGGCACUUCCUUCAAAGAGAAGACCUCUGUGGGCAAUUUAGAAGGAGCUGCUUCCACCGAGACUCGUACCUCUUUAGUUCAAAGUGGACUAGGUACCCACCCUGAGUCAGAGUCCCUAAAUAAUCCUAGCAACUUAUGUGAUGCAUCCUCAAUUGCUUCAGCCUCUACUAAGUUGGAAUCUGUAAUGAACUCGACAACUGAUGAUGCGAACAUCCAAGAGAUGAAUACAGAUCCCAGUUUGCAACAAAAGUUUGAGGAGGCUGCUGAGGGCAGUAAGUCUCAUAGUGCUUCUGCGUCUGAUGAUGAUAGAACAGCUGUACCAGCCCUGAAAGGUGUGGCAGAUGGUGGACAUACUACCAAUGACAUUGAUCCACUGACUAAUACAGUGAUUUCUGAAGAUGAUCAAAAUGGAUCAAGGAAAUCUGCAGUCUUGAGGACUACAUCAAAUGUGGAAGAAGACAUUGGGCCUGAUGAGGAUGAAAAUGAGCAGAGUAGUGAUGAUGAUGAGGAACUAGGAGAUGACUAUGAUUUCUCUACUAGAUCAGCGUUGGAUACCCAGAGUUCUUUUUCAACCAAUAGAAGAAAGUCCAAUAUUGAUGUCGAGUAUGGGAUAGUUGAUGCGUUAGAAGUUGCACGACUAGUUGCUCAGGAAGUUGAGAGGGAAGUGGUUGACGAUAGAGAACCAUCAGGCACUUCUUCUUCAGAAAAGAUAAGGGGAAGUCCUCAUAAUGAGCAGCCUGGUAGCCCAGAUUCAGUAAGUGGGAAAGAAGACCGAGCUGAAGCUGAAGACCUGCCAUCUUCACAGAAAGCAUCUCCUGAUUCUAAAGAGAUAAAUAAAGUAGAGAAUGACAUAAAUGAGAAGAUGGAGUCAUCUCAGGUGACUGAAGCAGCUCGAGAGCCAAAAGUUGUGGAGAAAGGAUUCUGUGGGUUCGAUCUUAAUGAAGAAUUCUCUUCAGAUGAUGCAGCAAAUCAUCCUGCAGACCUGGUCUCUGCUCCGAUCUCUAUUGUUUCUAUAUCAAGGCCAGCAGCAGCAGCAGCAGCUUCAGCUUCACCUGCUGCCCCAUUGCACUUUGAAGGAUCACUUGGAUGGAAGGGAUCUGCUGCCACCAGUGCUUUUCGUCCAGCCUCACCUCGGAAGGUUGAUAACAACAUUGAAACUGGAGCAGCAAGCAGUAGUAAUUCAAAACAGAGGCAGGGGUGGCUCGACAUUGAUCUCAAUAUCAGUGAGAGUGCAGAUGAGAAUGCAGUGGACUUGAUGCUGGGGGGAAGGCAAAUUUCAACAUCUUUGUCAUUCCAACGUGGGGAAGAGUCUUCUUUUAACAUUUUGGACCCGGGUAAAUCAGAAAGGCCAACCCUUGAUUUAAACUGCUUGAGCGAUGAUGGCGAGACGAAUCCUCAGUUGAAUGCAAGGAAGGAGGAAGAGCUGUUUUUUCUCCGGAAUGGCCAUCACCGCAGUCCAUCUCCUGCUUCUUCAUCUUCAUUGCGGCCUUCAUCCAGGAACUUUGAUUUGAAUGAUAGGCCUCUUUUCCAAAAUUAUUCUCUUGAUCCGGGAUUAUACAACGGCAAGUCUUCUCAUGGUUUGAGUAUUAAUAAUGGAGUAUCCAGACAAGGUGGAGAUCCGGUUAUCUCUAUCAUGGGAGCUAAAGUGGAAGUAGGUGGUCGAGCAGAAGUUGGCAGAAGGGAUUUCAUUUUCCCUCAGACGCCAUCCAUGUCCAUGCCAAACGGGAAGACAUUGGUGGAGCCUGCAAUGGAUACAUCCAGCAUUGCGAGAUUAGGAUUUAUGGGUAUGGUACCAACAGGAGCAGGAUCAUCGUAUGCAUCUUCUCCUCCCGUCUUUGGUUACGGUCCCAUGUCUCUCUCUCCGGCAGCAACGUAUGGACCACCAGGAGGUACAUUCCCGUACCUGGUGGAUUCAAGAGGGGCCCCCGUGGUACCACAUAUUAUGGGAUCUGGAUCAGCUGUUCUUCCUCCUCCAUAUUCUCAGCAGCCGUUCCUCAUGAACAUGGCUGGCGGUGGACCCCUCAGUUUAAAUGGUGCUGGACCAUCGUCCCGAGCAAGCCUCGAUCUCAACUUGGGGUUUCCAACUGACGGAGGGAGCAGCAGCAGUGGUGGGUUGAGGCAGUUUCUCGCGACUGGUGGUCCAACCAGCAGCAGGUCUUUUGAGGAGCAUUUGAGGUCCAACCCACAGCCUUCUUCCUCAAGUUCUGGAAUGGCCAUGGGCAAACGCAAGGAACCAGAUGGUGGUUGGGAACCCUACUCCCUGCACUAUAAACAUCCUCAACCUCCGUGGAGAUAA